AUGGCUGAUUGUGUGACAUCAGAGGAUGCCAAAUUCUGUUUUGAGGAAGUUCUUAGCACAUUCAAGGUGUGUCUGUCUAAAGACAAAGAGGUAAUUCUGGAAAACUACGUCUCUGGCUGGCGUGGUCUUAUAAAGUUUUUGAACAGUCUGGGGUCUGUCUUCAGCUUCAUUUCCAAGGACGCUACCAACAAGAUCCAGAUCCUGGUGAAUUUGCUCAGAAGUGAUUCACUUUCUAACUACACUACUGUGCAGUCUAUGGUCCGAUAUGAGCUGGACAAUGGCCUUGUGGACAUCGGCAAGCGAGGCAGCCACCCAGAAUCGGGCACUCGGACACUUCUGAGGCUGCACCGAGCCCUCAGGUGGCUCGAACUCUUCCUGGAACGGCUGAGGACCAGCGCUGAUGACAGCAAGACGUCCAUCAUGUGCGCCGAGGCGUACAACGAGUCUCUCACCCAAUACCACCCCUGGGUGGUGCGCAAGGCCGCGGGCUUGGCCUUCUGUGUGCUCCCAGGUCGGCCCGCGUUCUUUGAGGUGAUGAACGUGGGUCCCCCGGAGAAAGUAGUGGCUGUCCUUGGUGAAGCUUUGCCUCUAAUUUCGGAAGUCUACCAGAUCACAGAGGAACUUUAUGCUCAGAACAACUUGCUUGAACUGCCAUAG